AUGAAACCCUCAGCAACUUCUUCUUUGACCAUUCUAAACGUUUUCAUCAUUUUUCUAGCCUUCAUUCCCUUCUCUUCUUCCUAUUUGUUGCCUCCCUCAGUCCUAGGAUCAGCCAUCGUGCACCAAAAUUAUACAGCAAUAUCGAGUUUUCGAGUACUAAAUAGAAGAGGUUUAAUUCAGUGUCCUCACCCCAGCCCUUACGUUCGAAUCAAUGUUAGCUCAGAAAACAGCCUCUUGUCGGACAAUGAAUAUGUCAAUGUUACUGUCAGCGGAGUUUUUCUUCCUUCGGAUGAUGACUGGGUUGCCAUGAUAUCACCUUCUGAUUCCGAUGUCAAGAGUUGUCCUCUCAAAAAAUCUAGAUAUGUGCAGACUGGUGAUCUUAGUAAACUCCCUCUACUUUGUCAUUAUCCUGUUAAGGCACAAUAUGUGAGCAAUGAUCCAGACUAUCUGAAGUGCACUAAGCAGGAAUACAAAAAAUACAACAAUACUAAUUGUGAAGUGUCGGCUUGCAGUGGUACAAUAUCAUUUCAUGUCAUCAAUAUCAGGACCGAUAUUGAGUUUGUCUUCUUUUCUGGAGGAUUUGAAACUCCAUGCAUUUUAACAAGUUCUGGCCCAAUGAAGUUUUCCAAUCCAAACCAGCCACUACGUGGGCAUAUCUCAAGCAUAGAUUCGACAGCAACAUCGAUGAGAUUAACAUGGGUUAGUGGGAGUGAGGAGACUCAACAAGUACAAUAUGGAGAUGGAGAAACACUGACAUCAACAGCAAAAACAUUUUCGCAAGAUGAUAUGUGCACUUCCGUUCUUCCAAGUCCUGCCAAGGACUUUGGGUGGCAUGACCCUGGGUACAUUCAUUCAGCAGUCAUGACCGGACUAAGGCCUUCAACUACGUACUCCUACAGAUAUGGAAGUGAUUCCGUUGGCUGGAGUGAUAAAAUCCAGUUUCGAACUCCACCUGCUGGAGGAUCUGAUGAGCUCAAGUUUCUUGCAUUUGGUGAUAUGGGGAAAGCCCCUCUUGAUCCUUCUGUCGAACACUACAUCCAGCCGGGAUCUCUCUCAGUGAUUAAAGCCGUGACCGAUGAGGUAAAAUCCGGCAAUGUAGACUCCAUCUUCCACAUUGGAGACAUAAGUUAUGCAACAGGAUUUCUGGUUGAAUGGGAUUUUUUCCUUCACCUCAUAAGUCCUAUGGCUUCUCAAGUCUCCUACAUGACCGCAAUCGGAAACCAUGAAAGAUAUUACAUCGGUUCCGGAUCUGUGUACAUAACCCCUGACUCAGGUGGAGAAUGUGGAGUUCCUUAUGAGACUUAUUUUCCAAUGCCAACCCCAGCAAAGGAUGAACCAUGGUACUCUAUAGAACAAGGAAGUAUCCACUUUACAGUCAUUUCCACCGAGCAUGAUUGGACUGAGAAUUCUGAGCAGUAUGAAUGGAUGACGAAGGAUAUGGGUUCCGUUGAUCGAUCAAAAACUCCUUGGCUAAUUUUUACUGGGCACAGACCAAUGUACUCCUCAUCGACUAAUCGAUUGUUUAACCUCGACGACAGAUUUUCUAAGGCUGUAGAGCCAUUACUGCUGCAGCAUAAGGUUGAUCUAGCUCUCUUUGGCCAUGUUCACAAUUAUGAGAGAACAUGUUCUGUUUAUCAAAGCAAUUGUCUGGCCAUGCCAACAAAAGAUCGAAAUGGUAUUGAUACAUACGAUCACAGCAAUUACAGUGCUCCAGUGCAGGCAGUUAUUGGUAUGGCAGGCUUCAGUUUGACCAAGUUCUCAAAAAAUCCUGGUAGUUGGAGUUUGACAAGAAUCUCUGAUUUCGGCUAUCUAAGAGGGCAUGCCACCAAGGAAGACAUAAACUUAGAGUUUGUGAACGCAAAUACCAGGCAAGUACAGGACAGCUUCCGCAUCACCAAACGGCAAAAUAGAUAGGAUAGGAUACAGGAUGUAAAUUCUUGUAUCCAUUAUGCGAACAUUGUAUCGAUUUUACUUAUUCGGCGCCGAUAUUAUGUCAGAAUCCCCGAUAAACAUCAAAUCCCCGAUAAAACUUUGCCCAACAUCAUGUGUUCAUCUGUAACUCCGU